AAAUGAAACCGAAAGUUACCAGUUCCGCUGGACUGUCGAAAGAGACGACUGACGACUCGCUUUGUUGUCAAGCUAAUGAAUGUUGCCCAGGAGGCCCAGGUUGAGGUCCAAACUGAUUUUGUCGGAGUUUAUGACUAAAAAUAAAUACGUUAAUUUGGUACAAAGAUACAGGAACAACGUGAUAUUCGUAGUAGAUCAAGAAUCUAGAUAGAUCUAGAUCACUUCAUCCAUUUGGAACCACAUCAGACAUCAGUUCAGCAUGAAAACUGGACUGCAGAUCAGUGCUCAGUUGGAAAACAUUGGUAGUUUCAAAGCUUCUGGAGACGAUUUUAGAUGGUACCUGAAGCUCUCAUGCUCUAGCUGUGGGGAAGAGACAAGUGACUAUGUCUACUGUACCUUAAGGGAAACAUCGCCCCUCACUGGUGGGCGUGGCCAGGCUAGCCUAGUCUUGAAAUGCAAACUCUGCAAAAGAGAAAACUCAAUAGAUAUUGUGACAGAAUCCUUGAGUCCUUAUACGGAAGAAGACUCCGGAAAGUUCAAAACAAUUGUUGCUUUUGACUGCAGAGGUGUGCAACCCAUAGACUUUUCACCUCGGGUUGGCUGGGAGGCCGUGGGCCUGGAAUCACAGACUUUAUUUUCUGACAUUGAUCUGAACGAAGCGGAGUGGUUUGAUUAUGAUGAGAAAGCUGGGGAGUCGGUGAGCAUCACGGAAUUGAAACAUCAGUUUGUUCCUGUGAAGCACUGAGUUUCCGAUGACAAAAACACUCUUUUAUCUAUUUUGUGAUAGUCAUGCAUUCUUGUCUGCUUAUUUUUUAUGGCAACCUGCCAUAGCUGCUGCUGUUAUUGGCUGUGUGGGUGUGACUGUGUGAUGGUAUAUAUGAACCUGUUCUGCUUUUGAUUAAAAUAAAUGAAUCAUUAAAAACGAUACAUUUA